AUGAAGACUGGGCCGAACCUCUCCCUACUAAUUAUAACGGCAACUACCGUGGGUGUAGUAAGUGGUGGACUUGAUAGCCCACCGCCUCAUCUUCACUCUCGCUCCGCACCAUGCACCAAUACAGCUUCAACGCUAUCUCUAAGUGAUCCGCCCUACAAUAACUACUUCUACUCCGACUGCAACGUCGCUGCUCAGGCGGUAGUCACCAGUCCUCUGUCCGAUAGCAAUCUAUCUACCAUCAGUCCACGUCUAAUAAUCGCCUGGCCGGCGGGUAACAGUGGUAUAUGUACCUUCUUCGCACCCCAAAAUGGAGUGAAUGGGACUCUAUCCAUUGAACUAGUGAACUCAACAAUCGGCCAGCCACUCGCGCCGGUCUACAUUGCUUCGGAGAGCAACUACCCCAGUGUGGGUGUGCAAGGGAUCAUACGCUUUAACUCCUCUGCCAUCCUCUCACUGCCUAUUCUUGGUAGUAUUCGGACAAUCCGCGACUUUGUAGAGGGUCCCAGUAUCCUCUACCCCGAGAUUCAGGAUGCUAUCAUGUAUAGCUCGAACAGUGUCGGGAGGAGCGCCUCGGUUCAUCGCCUAUGGCUCGAUAAUGUCACCACGACGAGCAUAUUCUUCGCUCCUUGGGUCAAUGGCAGCAUCAAAAACAAUGCAAGUGUCACGGUUGUAGACCGCACACUGGAAUUUCAGGCGGGCGAGUAUCUAUUCGCAGCAGAGAUGAACUAUCCACAACUAGCGUCAUUGAAGCCAGAGGCUGUUCUCAAUAAUCAGUCGACGGCACUUACCACCAAAAUGCCAGAUCAGACCACGGCAUUGUCUUUCCUGUCAUACUCGGAAAAACUACUUGCAGGUGCUUGGCGAUUCCUCACAUACUUCGGGCGUGACUCGAUGAUUUCUGCGCUGCUUUUGGAGCCAGUCCUUAGCACUGGGAAUGGGACUGCGAUGGAGGCUGUUCUGGGAGCUGUGUUGGAGCGUGUUAAUCGGAGUGAUGGUAGUGUUUGUCAUGAAGAGACUAUAGGCGAUUAUGCGACUUGGACCAAUUUACAAGACAAUAUUACUAGUAGCGCUAUGCUUUGUACUUAUCAAAUGAUCGAUCCGGACUACUAUCUGCCAGUCUUGAUGCAGCGAUAUUUUCUGAACAAUCCAGCUGGCGAAAAGCGCGCUUCAGCAUUCUUCGGCACAAAAGCAGGAUCUAUUAAUGCAGCGAACCAAAAUCUUACUUGGGGCCAGCUAGCCCUCAUAAACGCCGAGCGUAUCAUGCGUCUUACAAGUCCCUUUGCGCAAAACCAAACAAGAGAAAAUCUUAUUCAUCUCAAAGAAGGUCAAAUUGUUGGCCAGUGGCGCGAUAGCGAGUUCGGUAUCGGAGGAGGCCGCAUCCCCUUCGACGUAAACACAGCGCUUGCCCCAGCAGCACUCCGCUCCAUAGCAGCUCUCUCUCGAAAAGGAAUCUACCCCCAAAAUUGGAGCUCGGUAGCAGACCAAAACGCCCAAAUCUGGGAAGACAAAACCCUACAAUUCUUUAACGUGACAAUCCCCCGAUCCCAAGCUCAAAGUCUCCUCAAAUCCUACAAGGAAACUUCUUCCUUCAAUGGCUCAGACCAAACUUCCUCUAUUGAUAAGGAUCUCACAUUCUACUCCAUCUCUCUAGACGGUUACAACAAUCUCUCCAGUGUAAAAGUCAUGCACUCAGACGACUGUUUCAGACACUACCUCCUAAACACAACAGAUGAUACCCAACUCACCUCGUUCUUGAAUUCCUCCGCGACUAAUAUCCAGCGCACCUUCCCAGCAGGCCUAAUGACUGAUGUUGGAAUGUUGAUUGCGAACCCGGCAUUCGGUGGUGAGGAUGUUUAUGCGCAGAACUGGACGACGGGCGCAUAUCAUGGAACAGUUGUGUGGUCGUGGCAGUUAGCUAUGAUGGCAAAGGGGCUUGAGUUGCAGCUGGGGCGGUGUCAGGUUUUUGCGAAUUUUUCGUCUGCGGCGAGAAAUGUGAGGAGGGAUGUGGUGCCGGAGUUUUGUACAGAUGAUUACGUUUAUGGGAAUGUUAAGGCUGCGUAUAAUGCGCUUUGGGAUUCUAUUGAGCGGAAUAAGGAUCAGCUUUCGACGGAGAUGUGGUCAUGGGUUUAUCGGGAUGGGACGUUCCAGUUGGCGCAGUUGGUGGACUUGCCGGCGCCGCCUGGGGUUGGGGGCCAGACUGGUAGGUUCAAUUUAUUU